GUAGUGUGUCUCGCCCCCGCCCCCGAGCCCCGCGGUUUCUCUCCGGUCUCCUCUCGGCGUGCGUGCGGCGCAGCGGUGGAGGAUGAGCGAGCAAGGGAAGGGCUCGGCAUCCGCCUCUGCCUCGGCCCCGGUGGCCCCGGGCUCGGACACUUACAAAGGCUGGCUCUUUAAGUGGACCAACUAUCUGAAAGGGUACCAGCGGCGGUGGUUCGUCCUCAGCAACGGCCUGCUCUCGUAUUACAGGACGCAGGCGGAGAUGGCCCAUACGUGUCGCGGAACAAUAAACUUGGCCACAGCGCACAUCGACACAGAGGACGCCUGCAACAUUGUCCUGAGCAGUGGCGGUCGCACGUACCACCUGAAGGCGAGCACAGAAGUGGAGCGGCAGAGAUGGGUCACGGCGCUCGAGCUGGCCAAAGCUAAAGCCAUCCGCAUGAUGAACGAUCAGUCUGAUGACUCAGGAGACGAGGAACCCACUUCCCAAUCAGACCGCAGCGAGAUUCAGGGAACACUGAAGAUACUCGUCAGCAAGCUCGAUGACCUCAGCACGUGUAAUGACCUGAUCGCAAAGCAUGGCGCGGCCCUGCAGCGAUCCCUGAGUGAACUCGAGGGGCUGAAGGUCCCUGUGGAGGGAGGGGAGAAGAUCAAGGCAGUCAACGAGCGAGCCACACUCUUCAGAAUCACUUCCAAUGCUAUGAUCAAUGCGUGUCGAGACUUCUUGGACCUAGCGGAGACCCACAGUAGGAGAUUGCAACGGGCGCUGCAGUAUGAGCGAGAGCAGCGCACUCACCUAGAGGAGACCAUUGAGCAGCUAGCCAAGCAGCAUAACAGCCUGGAGCGAGCGUGGAGAGAAGCACCCACGCUUGUUUCCAACAAGCCCAGUGCCCCGACCACCAACAAGGGAAGCGAGAGGCCGCUCAAAGAAGACGCAAGUGAUGAAGAUGAGGAUACUGAGUACUUUGAUGCCAUGGAGGAUUCCCCUGCGUUUAUCACAGUGACUGCCACUGACAACACACAGCACAGGCGAUCCAGUAAUUUGAGCGGAGCAAGCGGAGGUCCCACCAGUGACUGGAUCCAGGACGACCAUAUGUCUCCAGGCUGCAACGAUGUGUCAGGGAAGGAGCUGCAGCCCCGCAGACAGAGGCGGACUCGCAUCCCAGACAAACCCAACUACUCCCUCAAUUUAUGGAGCAUUAUGAAGAACUGCAUUGGCAAGGAGCUCUCUAAAAUCCCCAUGCCUGUGAACUUCAAUGAGCCGCUGUCAAUGCUGCAGCGACUCACCGAGGACCUGGAGUAUCACGAGCUCCUGGACAGGGCUGCGCGCUGCGACUCCUCUCUGGAGCAGAUGUGCCUGGUCGCUGCCUUCUCCGUCUCCUCCUACUCCACCACGGUCCAUCGGACAGCCAAGCCCUUCAACCCCCUCCUGGGAGAGACCUACGAGCUCGAUCGCCUGGAAGAGUUUGGCUAUCGCUCGCUGUGUGAGCAGGUGAGCCAUCACCCCCCUGCUGCUGCACAUCAUGUGAUUUCCAAACAAGGCUGGACCCUGUGGCAGGAAAUCACCAUUGCCAGCAAGUUCCGUGGAAAAUACCUCUCUAUUAUGCCUCUAGGUGCCAUUCACCUGCACUUCCAGUCCAGUGGGAACCACUAUGUUUGGAGAAAGGUCACCUCCACAGUGCAUAACAUCAUCGUGGGCAAGCUGUGGAUUGACCAGUCGGGGGACAUUGAGAUUGUGAAUCACAGGACCAAGGAGACCUGCCAACUCAAGUUCUCUCCCUACAGUUAUUUCUCCAGGGACGUCCCACAUAAGGUGACGGGUGUAGUGUCAGACAGCGGGGGCCAGGCUCACUACAUCCUCUCUGGUACGUGGGAUGAUAAGAUGGAGAGUGCCAAGAUCGUUCAGAGCAGCCGAGGGGGCAGUGGAUCAGAGGGCAAGCAGAAGACCGUCUAUCAGACGUUGUCCCCCAAACUGCUGUGGAAGAAAUACCCUCUCCCGGAGAACGCAGAGAACAUGUACCACUUCUCUGCUCUGGCAUUGACCCUGAAUGAGCUGGAGGACGGAGUGGGACCAACUGAUAGCCGCCUGAGACCCGACCAGAGGCUGAUGGAGGCAGGGCGAUGGGAUGAAGCAAACUCUGAAAAACAGAGGCUAGAGGAGAAGCAAAGAGCUGUGAGGAGGAGGAGGGAAGCAGAGGCCUCAGGCGCUCUGGAUGACGGUCGAGAAUACGAAGGCUACCAGCCGCUCUGGUUUCACCAGAGGAGGAACUCGAUAACUGGAGAGACAAACUUUGUGUACAAGGGAGGUUACUGGGAGUCCAAGGAGAGACAGGACUGGAACAUGAGCGCUGACAUCUUCUAACCCAGGAACUGACCCCAGAUCACAGCCAACCUCAGCAGACAGGAAACGGCUCAGCCUCUGGUCCUGGCUCAUGAGCACUUUUUGGACCUUCUGUGAUGAUGCAAACGUGGAUGUUUCACACGCUCUCGGAUAACACUGUACCUCCAAAUGUACACACUCACUCUGUUCUUACACUGGGGGAAAAGACGGGUGAUUCCCUGAGUCCUCCUCUUUGACACCAUACUGAAACAGCAGUGAGGUAACGUGUGGAUGUGCGAUAAUGAGGUGGGGACAUCAGACAAUGAAGGCCCUUGCAUACUCCUGAAAUCAGGUGCUCCGUAAUGCUACCCACAAUGCACUUUUUUUGGAUCACCCUAUCACAGAGUUUAACCAAUUGGAUAGAAACUCGUAUCAAAGCAGCUCACAACUAUCAACUAAAAACAGGGACAGAAUCAUAGAAACACAAGUGUUGAAUACACGUCAGUCAGUUAUUUUAAGAAAGUUCCCAUCCUUAUAUUUAUCACAUUUGAUAUAAAGCUACUGUAUAAGUUAGUUAACGUUUUCCUUCGCAGGAUUGAAUUCAAGUGCUCAUUUUUUCUUAAAGAGGGAAGUUAACACCUGAACAUGGUGUCUAAAAGAUUUCUGUCUAAAAGAUUUAUUUUGGAGACCCAAAGUGUCAAAUAAAUAAAGACACCAUAUCUAUAAUUGCAAAACAAUGAGAUAUAACCAUAAAAUUUGGAAAUAAUUAAAAUUAUAUAUAUAUAUAUGUGUAUAUAUUUAUAUAUAUAACUCCUUUUUAAUAAAAUGUCUUGCUGCUUAUUAGUAGUAAUAUAUUUUGUUGCAGUUGUAUCUUAUUCCAGCAGUUUUAUUUAUUUUAAAUAUUUACUUUAGUUAAAAGCUUAUGAUUUGAUCGGUAAAUAGUCACAAACAAUAGUCAUUGGAAAAAAAUACUUUACCUGCUAAACAGAACUAGAAUGGGCUGCAACAAAUUUAAGAUUAAAUAAUGAUUAUUUCCCUUUUCUGUGGUUUUAUCUGUGUUCAUUUAUAUGAUUGCUAGUUUUAUAUUUAUAACAUUUUCUGCAGUUUGGUUCUCCAUAAUCAACAGCUAAUAUUUGCCUGAGAAAAUGAUAUUGUUCUUAUACACUAGAGGCUUGUUCAUUCUAACUGAUAAAACAUGCAGCGAUGUAGAAUAUUGUUUUACUUGGUGUGAAUUUUGGGGUUUCCUUCCAGCUCCCAUCAAGUACGUAGUUAUUCUGUUUCCUUGUCAGUUAGACUGUAGUCUUUGUAGUGGUAAUAUAGCUGCUGGCCCGUUUCACACUUUAAAAAUGAGACAUGUCUAAUGCUUCAUUUCAGUCGUAUAAACAUGCUUUAGACAUCUUCCAUCUGUAAUUCUGGAGUCAGAUUUCUACAGUAGUCAGUCCUUUAAUUGUAACUCAACAGUAAAACAUUCAUAUCACUUAAGGAAUCACCAUCAAAGACCUGAACAUGCACGUUUCACUGUGAUUGACCAUAGAUUAGAACAUACCUCUGUGUUGAUGUUUUAGAAGAUCUCACUUCGUACUUCUUUACCUCGUCUUCUGGUGCUCUCCCAUUGCAACACAUAUCGUAUCCUUGGUGACAAUUUUGAGUGACAUCAUUCUCAGUGAUUGAACAAAGUAUUAACUCUGCGCCAAAUCACCAAUGAGGCAUUCAGUCAUUGCCACCCAGGGCAUCCUGUUGGUUUCUAUAGUGUACGGUGCACUAGCUCCACAGCCUCCCAUCAGUUACUAACCAGUGGUCUCAGCAGGACUACUCUACCUGAGAUUGGAGGGGUUUCUCUCAGGGGUCCGGAGUGGCUUCAGCUGACGGGAGGUCAGGGCUGGUUCCUGUAGCACACCACUGUGUCAGUCAGCUUUAGCCACAGAGGACUCCCCCAGUUGCUGCUCCAGACUCACCACAGCUUACAUGUCGUCCUCCCAUUCAGUGUUUGUGGACACGCUGAUCUGGGAUCAGCUCACAAGGGUACCCUCAGUCUUUUGCCUUAAAUCGACUGAACAAGGAAAAGAGUCCUCUGACCUGUGCACUACAUGUCUACAGUGACAAGAGUUUUGAAAACCAGUUAGUAUUUUUUGUAAUUAUUGUUAGGAAUGUAGACUUCAAGGCUGGAGGUAUUGUAUCUAUUGUUUGUCUAUUUCUGUGAAUAUUUUGUGAUAAAAGAAUGAUACUGUAAUGUAAAUUUAAGAAUAACUAUACUAAUUUGAGUAUUAAGUUAUCUGUACAGAAUAUUUCAAAUCUGACAUAAUUGACUGAAAAGCCUGAAGGGUUUCCUGAAAUAUAAAUUUUUAAACCAGAUUAAUUCCGUGAAGAUGGAAGUUAAUCGUGUGGCGAUUCAUCUUUUAUAUUUCCAUAAACUGUCUUAACACACUGAAAAUCAUUUUAAUAGAGUACUUUAUGCUAGCACAUUAGUAACUGUGGUUCAGUUAUCAUUUCUUCUGAUGUGAAAAAUGAAGUGGAAAAGAGAUUCAUUCAUAAUAGAGUGCCCCUCCGUGUGGGCUGAUAGAGAGAUGAUAUGAGCUCUUACAAUGUUCACUGAUGUUAAUGAUUUUGAUGAUGAAAUGAUUGAUGAUGGAUUUUUUGCACAAGAGAUGUUUCUUUACCCAUCGACAAACGGUUUUAAAGCAUUUUUGACUUGUGGUUGUCAAGAGCACAGUUUGAGGCUCCAUCACUAAAUCUCUCGCUUGGAACAUCCUGCUAAAAGAAGUAAUAUAGCAUUUAUAGUAAAUAUGUUUGGGAUUUUUUCAUGAAAUGAUUUUCACCUCUGUCAUUUCUGAUGCUACAACCGGCAGCUGGUUAGUUUAGCUUAGCAUUAAGACUGGAAACAGGGGGAAACAGCUACCCGGGUACCGUCUGAAUUCAAAGAAUCUACCCACCAGCAUCUCUCAAGCUCACAAACACGUUAUAUUUUCACAUAAUACACUUUGUGUUUGGAGCUCACUGAGAAUCUCAGCCUUUUGUCGGCACAUUAAGGAAGCAGAGGGCCUUCCUGCCACUCACGUCAUCGCAAGUCUCACACUUUGUGUUUUGAACAAAGAUGAGAUGUUGAUUUGUCAGAUUUAGAGCUCAAUAUAGCUGGAUUUUUUUUUUUUUUUAAACCUUUGGACUGAACCAGAUUAGUUUCCAGUUGCUAGGCUAAUUACCUGCUGUCUUUUCUGUAUGUUAAAUAGUCAUGAGCGUGGUAUUAAUCCUCUCAUGUAACGCUUAACAGAAAAAGACCAUAGAGCUUAUUUCCCAAAAUGUCGAGGUUGUGCAAACUUUAAAUCAUAUCAAGCGAGAUGUUUUAUUUUUGCUAUCUUGAAAAAUCAUCACCGUGCAGUUAAUUCUGUAUCAUCGGGCACAGUCAUGACAUCUCAUCCCUGCUGAGUGGUGCCGAAGGAAACUGUACAACUGGAGAGUUGAUUUGUGAUUUUCCUUUUUCUUCAGCGAUCGAGUUGAAGUUCACUAAAGAUUUACUUUAAUAUAUUGUGUUGGAGAUGAUUUUAUACUUGAGAAUACAUAUUAUAUUUUGAAUGAUAACCGAGAGCUCAUCAUACGUUUUAGUCAAUAUAUUUUCAAAUAACUUGACCUCAGUGCGUGACAGGGACUUGCCUGUUGACGUUGCCCCACUGAGGCCUGUACAGUCUCGGACAGCUGUAGCAAUAAUGCAGUGAGGUGUAGAUUUGUUAGAUAAUGGCUGUUGUUCCUUCAGACAGUUGUCUCCCUCAUGCAGAAUGGGGAAAAACAACCAAAGUGUAAAUGGAGAGUGUACUGAGACUAAAAAAAGCUCUUCAUCUGCCUUCCUUAUCUCAGAGGGAUCCAGUGUAAACACUCCCUCAAUGUUUUUCACAUUUCAUCCCACCCGACUCUUAAUUCACUGUGGUGUGAUCUCUUUUUUUUUUUUGCUUUAAUUUGUAUUCUUUCUUUUUCUGCCAUGUUUUCUAUCUUCUCAUGGGUGCCAUUGUCCUUAUGUUUCAUACUGUUUGUAUGGCUAAUGAGUUAGAUUAGUGUGCACAUGCUGCACACACGUCCUUCUCAUUCAUGCUCAGUUUCGAGACAGAGGUUCACUGAUGAAGACGAGGGAGAUUUUCCUCACGGCGUCUAAAGUCAACCCUGCUUCUUAUCAAACUGUGACUCAAAGCUUUGAGGUGAGACUUGGGUUAAACAAUAUGUAUGAAAGUUUUGAAACGCUUCACAACAGCGGCCUGGCACAGGAGGUCAAAGGUGACAGACCUGCCUUGACUGCUACUCACUAUCUCCAAAUACACAACAGUGUAUUCAGGUGAAACCGCUGUCUCAACUGAGGUUUUUUCCUUUUUUUUUAAUUGUCGGUUUUCUCCCUUCAUUUAUACUUGUAACAUCGUCUUUAAACAGCAAAGACACAAUAAUGGAAGAUGAGGAUAAUAAAGUUGUUAUUGUUGACACUGAA